AUGGCUAUUAUGAAAGUCAAAUUCACCAAAACAAAGAGAGAUAAAUUGGCUCAAAUCCUGUGGAUCUUCAACUGGAUUUCGACGGUGUCUGGUAUAAUUCUGUUCAGCCUGGGACUGUUCCUGAAGAUAGAAAUCCGGAAGCGCAGUGAACUGAUGGCCAAAGGAGACCUUGCCUCUGCCCCUAACAUACUUAUCUCCGUAGGGGUCAUAGCAUGUUUCAUCAAUUUCCUUGGAGGCAAAAUCUCUUAUGACUGCACAGACAAUGAUAAAUUUAAUCGAUGGAAGUUAGUUAUGUUCCCGUACAUUUUAUGCACUUUCUGUUUCACCUUCUGCAUCUUGGGUGGGGCUGCUUUGUGUUACACUAUGAGGAAUGAGCUGGAGGAGUCUCUGUAUCUGGGACUGAGAGAUGCUAUCAGGUUCUACAAAGACACAGACAUCCCUGGACGGUGCUUUUUAAAGAAUACUAUAGACAUGUUACAAAUCAGAUUCCAGUGCUGUGGAAACAAUGGGUAUAGGGAUUGGUUUGAAAUUCAGUGGGUGCCAGUACGCUAUCUGGAUAUGACUUCCAAGGAUGUUCUAGAUCGCCUAAACAGUAACAUUGAUGGGAAGUACUUGGUGGAUGGGGUGCCCUUCAGCUGCUGUAAUGUGAACUCCCCUCGGCCUUGUAUCCAAUAUCAACUCACCAACAACAGCGCUCACUACAACUACGAUUUUCUGAAAGAAGACCUCAAUAUUUGGAUGAAAGGCUGCAGGGAAGCCCUACUGGAGUAUUACACUGGCAUCAUGAAAUCCAUUGCUGUCUCUGUUUUCCUCAUCUGGCUGUUUGAGCUGUCUGUGCUUAUUGGGGUCCGUUACCUUCAAACUGCAAUGAGGAAUGUUGUGCUGAUGGAUGAUCCACAGUGUGACUCAGAUGGCUGGUUAUUUGAGAAUAACUGUGUAGAAACUGCCAAACAGAAUAUGAACAUUAUUAAAAACAUUGGCAAAGACAAUCAGGUAUCCAUGAUCUCUGGAAUGAAUGACCCCAACAUGCAUGUCCAAACUGCAAAUCAUGGUCCACAGAACAUUCCAACAAAAUCUAUUCCAGAACCUUAA